CCACUCUCAGGCAUAACGAACCAAUCUCCUGCCGCACUGACACCUGCCUUCGUGUCCACACAGCAUGGGCGGCGAAUACGUGUGCACGCUGAGUGAGGAGCUGAUCCAGAGGGCCAAGGAUGAGCUCGGUGAAGACCCCGCAAGGAGAGCUCAGGACAUCGAACACAUCAGGGACUGGCUGAAGCACCAACCGCACAUCAGGGCCCGCACAGAUGACUGGACAAUCCUCAGAUUCCUGCGAGGCUGCAAGUUCUCCCUCGAAAGGACGAAGGAAAAGCUAGACAUGUUCUACACCUGCAAGAGCCUCUGUCCCGAAUGGUACACAAACAGGGACCCGCAGGACAAGAAGAUGCGGGAGAUACUUGAAUUGGGCAUGUUCCUCCCAGUCCCCGGCCAUGACCACCUGGGACGCAAAGUGGUGAUCAUCCGCACGGCUUUGCACGACCCCAGGACGACCACGAUGGACGAGGUGUUCAAGGCGACGCAUCUGAUCAGCGACGUGAUGGUGGAGGAUGAUGAACAGAGUUCCAUCACCGGGAUUGUUCAGCUGCUCGACAUGGAGGGCGUGACGGCGGCACAUGGCAUGCAGAUGACACCCGCGCUCGUCAAGAAGGCCAUGACCAUCUGGCAGGUGCGGCUGUAGCGUGGGCGUGGCGAG